UUGUAGAAGCAGAUUUCGGAAGCCAGAGGAUCGUUGGAGGAAAUAUCAGAAUGGCGGAAGAAUCCGCUCAUCCUCUCAGGCUGGUGAAUUUCGUCUCGGAGGAACAGUUGGACCAAGCUAAAAAAACGAGGGGGGAAUGUGCUGAUGAUGGCACAGCGCAGAGGGAUAAGCCUCUCUUCGAGAUCCUAAAGGAGAAUAAAGACAAGAAAGAUGCAGAAUUCAGUGAACGGUUCAAGCAUAGACCACCCAAAGCCCUGGAUGAAGAUGAGACAGAGUUUUUGGAAAAACUGCAGAUGUCAAGAAGGGAAAAUGAGCGGCAGCUGGCAGAAGAAGAAGCCCAACAGCUGAGGAGCUUCCAGGCAGCAGUAGCAGCUCAUUCUUCAAUCAUACAUGAACUUAAGGAGACACCAUCUGUACCUAAAGUUGAGGACCAGAAACCACUGGGAAAGCAGAACCCCAGGAAUCGACCAUUAGGUGGGUUGAUUAUUACAGUCAAGCCACAGGCAAAGAAGGCAAAGACAGAUGCAGCAAGUUCAGAGAAACCACCAGACAAAGUGAAUGGAACUAACUGUAAUAUUGACAAAUCACCUGACAUUGCUGAGAAUUCUCUUGGAGGCUUGGUCUCAUAUAGUGAUGAAAGUGACGAUGAUAGUUAACCUUGUUAUAGCCUAGUUUGUUAUUGUACCUUAAAUCUAGUUUUUUUCUCUUCUUUUUUUUUAAUGGGGCCAGAUGGGGGGGGGGGGGGGUUGGGGUUCUACAUAUGCAUUUAGUCUGUUUUAUUGGAACUUUUUAUAUGCAUUUAAGAAAUUGCAAGCCCCCAAAAGUAUUGGGACUC